AUGGAUCAGGAAGGAGGCAAAUCAUCGUGGCACUCCAACUGGGGUGGCGGAAAAGCAGAGAAAGGCGUAUUUACUUUCACCCGCUGAUGAAAUUAGCGUGUAGUAUUCAUUUUUUUAUUUUGUCGAGACGGACCAACACUGUUCAUCUACAUGUGUAAAAAGAAUUCAAAAUUUCUUCUGUAACUCGAACAACUGCUAUUCGUUUUAUUUGUUUCAACACCCCCUUCAUCAGGCUCACAGCCCUCGUGGGGACAAUAACAACAAAAGUGCGUCUUCUCGACGUGGGGGCGGGGGAAAAGAAAGUAAUAAGUCUACCUCUGCAGCGGAUCAGACCUCUUCGUGGGGUAGCGGGAUGGACCGAAGUACGACACAACAGAGUGGUCAGCACUGGAGCAACGAUGGUUACGCCGACCCACACAUAAUGACCUCCCAAUUUCACCGCGACACGUCAAAUCGCAUAGACUACACCCAGAGGCAAUUCAGUAGGGCAACUUCGUCGGUGGCAGGGAAAAGCAGUAUAAUUUGAGAAAUAUUUUUACUAUUUUCUUUCUCUAAUAUUACACAUCAUCAUCAUCAUCAUCAUUGUUACUUUGAUUUUUUUGAAAGCAACGAACGCAGUCUGUUAGUCUUGCAGCUUCUUCAUUUUCUAUCACCACGGUGGUUGAGUACUGCCCUCUAGUGACUUCGAGAUUAAGUCAGUGCGGGAAUUCGUAGACCCAGGUAACAAAGUGCGGGAAUUCGUAGACCCAGGUAACAAACAAAAAAAAAUUGAGUCAGGGUGGAGGACAUGAAUGAACGACAUCGACAACACCAACACGACCUACAUUUCGUGUCCCAUAUUCAGGUACAUCUGGUACGGGUAGUACUGAUUACCAGAGCCUAAAAGGCGGUCGUGGGAAUAAGGGCAAGAAUAAGGAGAACAAGACCAAGAACAACAGGAGUCCUGGUGCCGGAGGAGAGCAGUCUGGAUUUAACCUUAUGGCAAUUUUUUGAGAAAAGGUUUUUCAUCGGUAUCUUCUUGUAAUUAUAGACCACGUAAAUCUUCUCUGCUGGGGGGGAAAUGCCAUCAAUGUAGUUCUUGUAUAAUUGUUCUAUUUCUAGUUUCGAAAAUAAGUAAAAAAACAACCGGUUCGUUUUUACCUCUAGCGUGUAGCGCUUUCAACAAUUCUAUUUCUAAUUUCGAGAUGAACAGUGGAGGGGGUGGCGGCAAUAACGUGCACUCCGUGCACGUGGGAGCUGGAGGAAAGCAAAAUUCUUACACCGCGUCUAGUGGCUACACACCAACAUCAAGUUCUGCUGGAAAUCACCCUAGUACUCCUAGUGGAGCCGGAUGGAACCUGAACCCGCCAAAACCUGUUGUGACUCCGAUGCACGGUCGCGGUGCGACGGGCAGUAGUUGUACAGCAGGAAGUAGUACAAAUAAAGGGAGCUCAACACAGCAACACGGCGGGCAACAAGGUGGAGGACUUCUAGGCGGGAACUCACAAGGCGGACUAGGAGGAAAUCAGCAGCAAGGUGGUCAGUCUUCUUUUCACCACCCAGGCGGUAACGGUGGAGGUGGAAAGGGGACGCCUGGUUUGAGUCCAUUUGCCGCAGGAAAUCUCAUGAACAACAACAGCACCAACGCUGUUGCUGGUGGAUUCUUAGGAGGUCAAGGAGUCGUGGGAGGCAUACCUGGAGGUGGUCAACAAGGUCAGAACCAACAGCUGCAACUUUUCCAGCUCAACGGCGUUAUAGGUCAAGGUCUGACCGGACAACAGGGAGGUGGGCCUCUUGUUGGACAACAAGGCCAAGGACUAGGUGGACAGCAGGAUGCUAGAACCAUGUUGCAACUUGGUGCUGCUGGUCAGCUACAACUAGGAGCAAACCAAAUCGGCCAGAACGGAGUAAACCAGCUACUGCAACAGCAGCAGCUACUCCAGAGCCUAAGCUUCCAAAACCCAAACGAUGCAUCUGGUACUCAUCGUCAACCUCAUUAAAAAUGGGAUCAACAUCGUCGAUUUUCCUCUUCCUUCCUAAAAGGGAGGCAGCAUUAUAUAGUCCUAAUGUAACAAAGAAAAAGUUCUCCCAAACCAACCUCUUGUCAGGCAUAUCAAUCAAUCAAUCGAUACUGAAGCACAUAAUUGAUAGAUUGACUUUGACGAUACGAUUUCCAAAGAUGUUCAUUCUCACGCUCAACCACCAGGUAUCUCUCUGUCGCAGGUAGACACAAAUACUAUGCUGCAACAGUUGCAGAUGCAGAGUGGCGUUCUUGGGGGUGCGGAGGUACUUACUCCAUUUCAUCUUUACUCAACACACACAGGGCUUUUUUUCCUACGUUUGAAUUCGAAACAAAUUGAAGACAUUGAAUUUGCAGCAAGGACGUUCAUAUAUUCACAACGAAUUUUCUACAUUUUCAGUUGAAUCAUGCUCAUAAAACUCAAAGAGACGAAUCUGAUCUUUCUCAAAUAAAAACAUUAACAUAAAUAAGUAACCUCUUUCAACACUCAGUUGGGCGGCCUCGAUAGCGAGCAGGAGAAGCAGCGGAGGGCACUAGAGCAGCAGCAGAAGAUGAUAGAAGAGCUUCGUGGAGGCGAUACGAGUGGAGACAACGCCUUACCCAUGGGACGACCCUUACUUCCUGGCGAACUAGGACCACUUUCACUACAAAAUCGUGGUGCUUCAAGUGGAGCAGGAGGUCAGAACACUCAUCUUAAUAAUGCUAGUCUUCCUAAUAAUGCUGCAGCAUCAACAAAUGCUGCAGCAUCAAAUGCUCUAGGCGGUCAACAGGGUCAACAAACUCAACAGCAAAACCAACAACAGCAUCAAUUGCAGAUUCAACAACUGUUGCAGAACAAUAUGCAAAUGCAAGGAGGAGAUUUGCAGCAACAGAGGCAACUUCAGCAACAACUGCAGCAGAUGAACAUGUUGAAUGCGCAGCAACAGGGACUUUCUGGAGGUCUGCAGCUUCUCGGAGCAGGAGGGGGUCAGAACAAUCUCCCCAAUCAUGGCAUGCCUGGUAGUCAACAAGGUGGACAACUCGGAAAUCUAGGGAACAACAAAGCAGGUCAACCACUAGGGACGAGCAACCCAUCCUCAGGAUCGUCGGCUGCUGGUGGAGGUCUAUUAGGUGGCACACUGGUACAGCAACAGAUGAGCGUGGUCAAUAAUCUGAACGGGCAGAUGAACAACCAACUUCUAGGAGCACUGAUGCAAUCUGGUGCUGGAAAUCCACUAGUAGAGCAGUUGAUUCAGAGCUUAGCGAUACAGCUAGACCAACAACAGGGACAGAACCAAGCAGCAGGAGCAGGAGGGGCCAAUAGUGUGGAGCAAUACCUAGCUAUGGCUGCAGCUCAGCAGAACCAACAGCAACUACAGCAAGGUCAACAACAAGGUGGACAACUGCAGCAGGGUCAGCAACAGAUGAACAACCUUGGCCCAGGUCAACAACAGCAGAAUCAACUCCAACUCCAACAAGGUCAGCAACAGGGUGCUGGUGGACUGCAGCAAUUAGGCGGUCUAGGAGGACAAGGGCUCCAACUCAACAACCAAGGUGGAACCAAUAUUGGUGAAGCACUUCAGGUUCUAGAAAAAAUGGACCCUCAACAAGUGCAGCGAGCCUUAGCUGGCAUUCAGUUUCAGAAUGCGGAUCAUGCUUCCUCACAGCUUCAACAGCAGGGUCUUGGAAACACAAACAAUCAGCAGAAUAAUCAGCAAUUGUUGUUACCCGUUGCGACUGGAGGAGGUCAACAACAGCAACAGAUUGGAGGAGGUAUGAACAAUAGUCAACUCCUUUCUGGCACUGGUCUCUCAUCAGCGACACAGCCAAGUUCUGGGAUCUCGCAAGCGGCCCCUAAUCAGUCUUCACAAAUAGGAGGUGCAGGUGGUGGAGGACAGGGACAGCAAACAAAUAGUGCUGGACCGAUGAACACGAACACGAACGACAAUCAACAAAACGCAACCUCCUCUUCCACAACCUUAGCAGCAGCUCAAAUGACUCCUGGGGGAGGUCUUAGGACCGGUGGUUUGCUGGACGCGUCAGUGACCGAUGGCAGCACCACAGGAGCCCCCACUCCAGGACGGACGCAAGUCGACACCUCGUCUAGCCUUGGAGGCGGUCUGCAGCAGCAAUAUAAUAACCAACUAGGAGGAGCAGGCGCGGGCAAUAGUCAAGAUGCUAGAAAUAGCCAAGGUGCUCCUGGUGCCAUAGCUGCAGCUAGUAACAAUUUGCUUCUACCUGGCGGCUCACCGCAAGAGGGUGGAACUGCUUCUGGAGCCUCUGUCACAUCCCAACCACAGACGGGAGAGGCCUCAACUUCUCAAGGAGUUCCAGGAACCCCAGCGAUGACGGGUGGAGAUCAUCAACAGUCCACCUCUUCAUCUGGAGGUCAGCCAAACAGCGCAAUACAAACGUCAUCAUCAACCAACCUCGUCCCUAAUACUAGUACAGGCGUGGGCGGAGCAGGAGCUCCUUCGUCUUCCUCGACAGGAGGUGUAGAAAACCCACAGCAAUCACCUCACUCCUCUAAUACAACGAAUACAACUUCGGUAGUUGGAGGCGAGAGCAAUAGCAACAUAAAUGUCGCCAAUUUAGGAGCUACAGCUGGAGGAGGUACUACAACAAAUUCUGGCGCAGCCGGAGGAGCUUCUGUAGGAGGUAAGCAGUUUGUGACGUCGAUUGGACAGGGUCCUCAAGCUCAGCUUGGCGGAAUGGUAACGCCGCAGCUGAUGGAGCAAAUACGACAAAACCCCGCGCUACUGAACAACCCUGAGCUACUCCAAAAGCAACUCCAGUUGAAUCAAAUGCAAGCUGAUCUGAUGAUGGGGAAUGCUAAUGCGAACCUAACAGGCCUUUCAGGAACCGCAGGAGCAGACAUGUUCAUGAAUAACUUGCUGAUGCAACAGCAGCAGAUGAGCAACAUGAACACUGCAGGAGCCGCCUCUGGAAGUACUAUAGUAGGAGCGGCUGGAGGUGCUGCCAAAUAUAGUGCUGUUAGUGGUGGUGGAGCUGGAGGUGGUACUAACAUCAAUACGAAUACAACCAACCUCAACAAUAUGUUAGGAGUUGCAGGCGGAGCUUCAUCAUCCUCCACUGGUAUGAUGAACAUGAGUUUGUCAGCAGCUUUUAUGAACGCCAACACAAACACGGGGAAUCUUCUAGGAGGGGGUGGUGCUGGUACGGGGAAUCUUCUAGGUGGGCAAACAGGACUCUCUGGCACAGGUGCAGGAGGCCAGCAAACAGGAAAUCUUGUUCCAGGGAGUGGAGCAGGAGGUGCUAGUUCUUCCUCCAGCAUGGGAACAGCCCAACAUCAGCCGCAACAAGCCGGAAGCGGAACUACACAACAACUAAAUAAACUAGAUGCCAUCCAACAGCAAAUUUUGGGGAUGCAAGCUUUAGGGCACAGUAUGGAUCCAGAAACCAUGCAAGGCCUACAGCAACAGUUCAAAGAACAAGAACAGCGUGAACUUUUGAGAAGGUUAGGACUCGCAAGUGGAACUGGAGGUUCUUUAGGAGGUGCUGGAAACAACCUUCUAGGAGGUACUACUCCAGUAGCUACUUCUGGUGGCAACCUAGGAGUAGGUGUAGGAGGAUCAGCAGGAGGCCUAGCUGGCAACCUUGGAGUAGGUGUUGGUGCAGCAAACGGUGGAGGACCAGGUAGCGCACUUGUUUCCAACCUAUCAGGAGGUAACAACUUCCUAACCUCUACUAGUGGAGCGCUCUUGCCUUUGCCUCCGAUGCCUAAUACAGGGAAUGCAGGUCAUCUAGGUGGUCUGCCUCCUGGUGCUAACCCGAACAUGCAACAAAUGCUAGGAGGGGGCAACCUGCAGAUGGGCAACCUCCAGAAUCCCAUGGAUUUUUCAUCCCACCUAAACAACGGAGUAGUAGUACCCGGAACGCCCGCCGGCUCGCCACCGGGAGCAGGGCCACUAAGAGGCAUGGGCGGUCUGGGAAUGGGAGGACUUCUUGGAGGCAUGCCAGGUGCACUUGGGAACGUGCAAGGAGGUAAUCUGCAACAGGUUGGAGGCCUAGGAACCAGUGCGAGCGGCAGCCAACUCGCAUCUAUGGCCCAGUACAACGCAGGACAACAUCAACAACAACAUGGCCAGAACACAAAUAUUCCCCAGAAUCUACUCCAAGCCACCAGUCCCGCACCAACCUUGGAGAUCAAGACCCACGUGCCAAAGAAGAAAAACACUGGAGCUCUUGCUCUUGGGAACAACAACAAGGGUGGCAACACCUCUAGUCCUGGAAGUCCUACUGGGAGCGCGAAAGGCGGUAAGAAUAGGAAGAACAGCAAAAACAACGCAGCAUCCAACUACACGGAGACCAACCCUCAAGCUUGGUUGGUGAAAAGCCUUAAACGCGGUGUCGUGAUCAACUCCCAAGGGCCUUUGAUCCCGCUUCCAGAUCCUACAGAUCCGGCUGCUGCGGUUGUUUUGGGCCAAUUAGUUACGGCAAAAAAGUAUAGAUUUUGAUUGUGAGAAUUUUUCAACAAGUAGGUGAGUGUUCUCAUUGGAUUUUUUUCGUGGACCUCCUGUUAAUCUCGACCACUGGUCUGUGCCUUCGUUGAAUAUGGUCCCCAAGAAUCUCAAAUAAAACUACAACUAGACUUUCAGACUUGGACUUCCUCUAAUCCCUACAUGAGCCGUUUCCACGAAUGGCACCAAGCUAGUCAAGAAUCCGAAGUCCCCCUAGCCUUCUUCCGCGACCCUCCCGAGGCAGCACCGGACAACGUGAAGAACUACAUGCACUUGGAAGCCCCAUGGGCUGAUUGGGAUCCCCAUACGAUAGAGCAGUGGUACGUAGCCAAGUGCCGAACGAGAAUCGAACAGAAUGCGCCCUUCAGCGAGAUUCACAGCUAUACCCUCAACAUGCGCGUCUUCUGGGACAUUCACAAACGGCUCAACUUCAAGGAAACGAGGAAAAUAUCCUUCACAAAGUACUAUAACAACAUGAAUAUGCUCUUGUUUGCAUUUUUGCUGUUCAGGCUCUAGUACGCGUACUAAAAAUAACCUGUAAGCUUUCGUCAUUUCGUCAGUUUUCUUCAACUUACUAUGUCGUACUAUAUUUCUACAACUAUGUUCGGUUUUGGUACUACUCCCCCUAAAUCUAGUACUAAAACAACUUCUGCAAACCAGGUUCAACGAGCCCUUCCAGCAAGUCUAUAACAUGGCUCGGCAAUACGCCGAAAAGCAAUGCGCGGCUGAGCCUGGGCAGUUGCAGCCAAGAGAGUGGGUCAUCUGCGGCCCCAAGGAGGCUAGGGAAAACUGCUUACGAGUCAUGAGCUUCAAUGUGCUUUCUCAGCACUUGAGCGACAGUUUCAGCUUCCAGUUCGUGGUUUUGGACGAGACAGCAGGCGACUUUCUUCAGUGGAAAGUACGGUUUAGGUUGAUGCUCCAGGAAAUCAGGAGGUGGAAUGCCGAUAUCAUCUGUCUCCAGGAGGUAGACGAGCAACACGCGGAAGAAUUCACCAAGGAAUUGGACAAAGAAUAUAAAGUGGCGGCGAAUCGUACUACUGCUUUUUCAGAACAGCAAGAGCAAGAUAAAAGAUAUUAUCUUUAAGUUUAAUUUUUGUAUUUGUUUCCCGCUGUUACUAAUUCCGAGUUAGGAGCUCAUGCUGAUCAUGUUGGCUUAUUUGGUAUUCAUUGGUUAAUAUUCUUCUCGGUACCACAUCAAAGAGUACUAACAGAGACAAGCGCGACAACGACUCUUCUCUUGCCUUCAGCUAUUCUCUCAAACCGAUUUCAAUUCCUACAUCACAGACAAGCGCAGCGACACUUCGCGAGACCACUUGCUGGUCUUUUACAAGGAGAAUCGGGUCACAAAACUCGGAGACUCCCAGCCGCUCGCGUUGCGAGCGCCGCCAGAUGUGAUGUCCCCGCAUGGCGGUCUUCUUCAGAGGUGUCGAUUCCAAUUCGAGAAUCGCGAUUUCGAGUUGGUAAACACCCAUGUUUCCGGUAUGGCGCCAGCUCUCGAUCCGGUGCGCGCUUUAGAGCUAAUCGGACCACAAAGAGUUUCAGCCAACACAGGCUUCCUCGGCAGUAGCCUUCCGGAGCAAGGAGGGGGAACGAGCUCCACGAGCUCCGUUUGCCCCAUCACAGGCGCUUUCCAGACUACACCAGCGACAACGGGUGGUGGCUCCACGACUACAGCAUCCUCCUCGGAAAACAAAAAUCUACAACAUGGAGGAACUACUGCGUCUUCAACAACUAGCAAGUCUUGUGGAAUGUUGUCCAAUAUGCAGAUGCAACAACAGCAGUUGGUCCUUUCCGCAGAGCCGCUGUUAAUCAUAGGCGACUUGAACGGCGUGCGGGAAGAAACCAAGCCCUGUUUCGAAGGUUUCGAGUCUGCCUAUGACGCGGUAGCAGUGAGCGGCGCUGCACGGUGCAUCAUGGCGAAUGGUGAACCGGAUAUUACCACUGCGCACAACGAUGUGUACCACAGCUGCGGCGAAUUGGACAAAAUCAUGUACACGAAACACUGGACUGUGAAUCAGAUUUUGCAGAUCUUCAAGGAAGACCGACUCACGCGCGACCAAUACAACACACACCCGUUGCGCAGUAUGCCGAAUAAGGACUGGCCGAGCGACCACGUGUCACUAGUAGCAGAUUUGGCCUUCGUGGAUCCCGAAGACGGAAAGAAGAGCAAAGUUUAAGACAUCUGUUUACUUCUUGACUCAAUACUGCUACUUUAGCAUUACUCAGUUCGCCGAGGACGACUACUUCAAUCUUUCUGUCCCCCCUUUUCCUUGUGUGCUAGAAGUUCCCCUACCUCUUAACAUCUUGUUCAUCUAACAGACUAUUUCUAAUUCUAUUGUAGUGGCACCCUCAGGGAUACACGCAUACAUAUUGUAAAGGCAUCCUGUCAAUAUCAUAAUCAUCCAUUUUGCUCCUUCUAAGAACUGCCAAAACUCGUCAACAAAAAGAUCGGCCUCGGAUCAAGUCGAAGGCCGCCCAUCGCACCCGGCGGAAACAUGCUACCCUCAGAAACUGGUAUACACCUGCUUGCUUUGGUUCUUGCUAGCCUCUCAUUUCUAUAAUGAUACCCUUUCAUCUUAUUUGUAGUCUCAGUAGUACAUUUCUUGAAACUCUACCUCUAUCUCUAAGGUCUACUACUUGCUCAUUUCUAUCAUGCCCUUAUCUGUCUUUCCAUCUCCUACGCCAGCUUAUUUUUUGUUGAAUUGCUUCAGGUUCCGACUCUGUGGAUGACUCACAAAGCUCACGAGCUGUGUCAGCAGGCAUCGAACAUCAAGUGGAGCCUCAAAGUGAGAAGGGAAAAACAAAAACUGGCAAGAAAGACAAACAAGCACUUGGUAACAACUAGAGCUACAUCUACCUGUUUGCUAUUGCUUUUGCUUGCAAUAUAUUUUUGAUUGGUACAACCAUCUUUACAGCACCUUAAUAAGUAAUAUUUGUCAUUUCUAGUAUUCAGUGAUAGUUAUAGUAAUAGUGGUAGACGUAGAAUCGGUUUCAAGUGCACGCGCAGCAUGAACUAAGCAAUACAACAACAAGGAAAAAUUGACGAAAGCGCUUGCUGUAUUCAGAUUGAAGAUUUCACUUCUAUUUCCUUCCUCCACUUUAUCUCCAACUACGAACAUGACAUCAGGUCCAGGCGUCUGGGUGAACAUGUUAGCUCUCGAUAGCACUACCCCCUCGCAGCCGCGAUCCUUGAUGGGAUUUCCGCAUGGAGGAAGAAUGAUGCAGGUUUCUCCUUCUCUCGUAGCCAUGAAGAAAUGGAGCCAUGCACAAGGAGGAGGUGGCUAUAUGAACGGAGGCAGUAUUAACAACACCUCCAUGGACAGAGGAAACCAGUUCUACUACCCAGGCCAAAGCAACAAAACAACCCAACUGGUACUGAAAUUUUAUUUUCUAUUUUCUUGCCCUUCCUCCCUGGUUUUUUCUGAUAGUACUUGAUGGGCGAGGACGUGCUGAUCAGGUAUAAUUAAUAUACAUCUAGUAAUAGUAUGAAGAUGUAGUUCUUGUAUAAGUUGCGCUCCUGUGGUGGAUAAAGAGGACCACUGCUCAACUACAUUAUCUUGAAAAGAACAAGCAUGUGAAGACCACAGCAUCUCUAUCUCAAUAGAAGAAGAAGCGUCUUCAUCUGAAGAACAUACUCUCAACAUCUUGAAACUACAGCCCAUGGGCAGUACUACUGGCCAUUCGAGUGGAGGAAAGGAGAUUCACAUGAACGUGCAGAAUCUGAAAAAUUGGCACAAGGAGUGGUCAAAGAAAAACUCACGUCCAGCUGAAAAAGGCACGACCAGUGGCACGGAUCCCGAAGAAAAUGCGGUAGGAGGUGCCUCCUCAGCAACUCCUUCCAUCAAGGCGGGUGAAAAUGUUCAAGUUCAUAAGGCUCCUGCUAGUCCUAGUGCUACUGCUGGAGCUGUUGUUUCAUUGGGUACUGGAGCUGUGGAUAAAGAAGAGCUCUGCCCAUCGACAACGACGAAAAAGCAAGACGCUGGAGAAAAGCAGAAGGACGAUGAGUGUGUCAAUGAGGAUGAACACGGGGAUAAAAUAAAGGGUCGUGACCCCGACGCCAAGACCGACGUCAAUGUGACCGGCGAACCUUCGGCCAAGGAGGCAAAGCCUGACAGUUCACCUAAGCGUGGUAUUGACGCUAAGAAAGGCUCCUCCGAAGCGGUUGAUAUUGAAGAUGUCGUUAUAGCUGAGAAGAGCCCUAGUGCUAACAAACAGGCAACUGGUGACUCUCCAAAGACUAAGGCACCAGCAGAUGCAGCAAAUGACCACAAGGACAGCAAGCCGGCAGCUCCUGAGGAAAGAACAUCGUUGAAAGAGCAAAAGUCUUUCGAGGAUGCUAGUGGGGAUAAGAGCAAGACAGAAAAAGAUCAGAAGGACGACUCCCCAAGCGAUAAGCAAGCAGGACCCAACAAGAGCAAGCUGCAGGAAAGCAAGGCCCAACAGAAAACGCGAAAAAAGUCUCUGCAUCUAGACCUUCUAGUCGAGAAAUCUUCCCCUAAGGUAGAGGAUCAACAAGGAGGCCUUGAUAAUUCUGGUAGUGCCAGUGGAGGAGGAUGGAUGUUAGGUGGGCCAGGAGGUGCUUCUUCAUCCCAACAGCCUGGACCCAGUGGAGGUCCUAACAAAGGAGGAGGCUCCAACUACAACAACAAGCAACACCAAAACUCUUCAAAAGGAGGCCCGCCUGGAAACAACAGCUAUAAUAUCAAUAAAGGCGCUGCCGCACGACACUUCAGUACCGAAGCCGUGCUUGGAAGUGGUGUAGCUGGCUCUUUCGACGCUGGCGAUAACGUCGAAGAAGCGACUGCUUUCCUACAGCAUUCCUCUAGCGCGACAUCCUCCAAACCAGCUGCAGCUUUCUCGAGUGUGAACAACAACAACUCUAUUAACAAGGACAAGAGCCAGAACAUGAACAAAGGAGGUUCAGGUCCUGGAGCGAAGGGCUCAAGCGCAGGGGGUCCCUCCAAAAAUGGCAAGAACAACACUUCUGCAUCCUCUCCUAGAGAGUACGAUGAAUCCUCAAGCUACAACAAGAAAGACCAACUGAACAGUUCGUUUACCAGCAGCAAAGGUUCAGCCUCAGCAAGCGCUGGUGUCCAGAACACGAUCAUUUCGCCAAUGCAGCCCCCAGUGAAGAUUCCCCCAUUAAAUCUUCAAAAAAUCGGGGAAAAUAGUCUAGAACUUCACGGUGGUGGCGCGAAUAUAACCACUUCUGGACGAGGUAUGGGCUUGAGUAAUCAUGGUAUGAGCAAUAGUAUGAGCAAUAAUUAUGUGGACAACAAAAAUAGUACAAUGAGCAAUAAUGUGGACAACGACAACAUGGCACUCGGCGGAGGAUGUCCACCAACUUCUGCGUCUGCUUCUAGCGGAGCCGGAUCAAACUCUGGAAACUUCGGCAACAAAGCUAGUGCUGGAGGUGGAGGUGGAAAAUCCAGUAGUUCCAGCAAUUGGAACAACAACCAGCACCACAACAUGAACAGCACCUCAUCCUCUUACAACAACAACUCAUCUUCGAACAUGCACCAAUACAACAAUCGUGGAGGAGGCUCAAAAGCAGGUUCUCCGGAUUCUAGCAAUGGGAAAGGGGACCACUUCUACCAACACGGUGGUCCUCCACAUGGAGGAAGUAGCAAUGCGGGUAAUAUUAACAACUCUUCGACGUCGUGGCACCAAGGCGGUAGCAGUUCAGGUCGAGGAUCAACGAACCCGUACAACAGCAGCAAUGUGGGAGGAGGAGGUAACAACAACAAUAGUACUGUGGUCCCUAACCCAGCAGGUUCCUCUCGAUAUAACAACAGCAAUAUGGGAGGUGGAUCUACGUCAUCGUCGGCGAUACAGAGCAAAGGCGACCCUAUCUACCAUGGAGGCAAGGAGCACGGCAACUCGUCGUAUAACAAUUCUGGCGGCCAAGGUCAUGGCGGUAACAGCUCCUAUGGAGGCAACAACUCAAUGUCGAGCGGUCCUGGUGGUUACAACAGUCAACAUGGCAACCAACAUGGCAACCCUCAUGGAGGCAACAAUAGCGCCACUACCCCAAGGUCGACACAAAAGGGAGGAUCUAUGAAAGGAGGAGGUCAACAGCAUCAUGGAGGUCCUGGAGGUAAGGACAACUCUCACUCUUCCUCCAAUAUGGGUGGAGGAGGCUACAAUAGUAGUAGUACCAAGGACAACUAUAAUUCAGGAGGAAAGCAAGACAACCACAACCACAGCUAUAGUGGAAAUUUUCAUGGGAAAGAUCACAGUGGCAAAGACAACUACAACCAUGGCUCCUCCCAGGGUAAGCACGGAGACGGAAACUCAUCUUAUCACGGCAAUACAACUGGUAUUAACAGUAACCUCCAUCGCGGCAUUAGUGCUGCUUCCUCUAGCGGGAACAAGUCUACCUCCGACCUGCUCCAUCGAGAAGCUUCUUCCUCCUCUUCAAAAUUCGGAGGAGGUUGGGGACACCAAAAUUCGCAGGCGUCGUGGCAAGCAUCUUCACCUAGCGGCUGGUCUUCAGGGAGAAAAGAGUAUGGUGUCACGGGUGGCGCUGGAGGAAACUCUUCUUCAAUGGCUAUGGGUGGACCUGGAGGCAACGACAACUACACGACUAGCAGUGGUCAGCAACAUCAUCAAGGCGGUGGAGGUCCACUACAGCAAGGUGGCCACAGCAUUGCGGAGGCCACUCCGAAGAGCAGAUGGUCUGCCGCUGACAAUGAUGAGAUGUGGAGUCAUGUCCGAGAUAAGCAUUGGAACGCGCAUCAUGCCAAUGACGUCGAUCCUAGGAUGAAUAAGCGAGGUAAUAUUAACACCAGUGCUCUUCUUGUUGGCGCCGGUGGGGGAAAGAGUGGAAACAACAGCAAGAACAUGCUGCAGCAAUCUUCUUCGGCGGGGAGCAGCUCCUACAUUAACGUCAAUACUUCGGGAAGUAAGAGCAGUAGCGCAGCUUCUCCAGGAGAGCAGCAUGAUUAUUCGUCAUCUAGUUACAACAAUAGCAUGUUGAAGAACCAUUCCAAGAACCAUCCCUCUGCCUCAAGUUCCUCUUACAACAGCUUAUCCGGAGGUGCAGCUCCCGGGAGUGGUAGACACAACAACGCUUCUUCUCAACAUCAGCAAGACCUUUCCAACGGGGGCAGUGGAGGCUCUUUGUCCGCGCGUGGGAAGCCUUCUCCUUCCUCGUCCCCAAUGGGUCCUCAACCCGGUAGUGGAACCUACUCUGCUGGCGUAACGGGUAAUGCGAAUGCCUCAGCAGGAGGAGCGUCUGGUGGACCUAACUCUGGUCCCGGUGGUCCGCCUUCCAACAACAAGAAUAAGAAAAACAAGAAUAGACAACAUCAGCAAGAGAAUAAGAACAGCAUGCAGCACGAGAAUAGCAACCCUUCCCUGAACAAUCAAGGUGGAGGAGGUAACAACGCUUCCUGGACAAGCAGUGCUUCAUCUCAAGGUCCUCAGGGUCAGGGUAAAGGCGAACAACUCCAGCGAGUGUCCAGUAAUCCCAACAUGAACGGAACAGGACCUAACGCAGGACCCAAGACUAGCAACCAGACUGGUGGCAACAAUCGUGCCUCUGCGCCGACUGCUUAUGGAUCGUUCUCGGCAGGAGGAGGAGCAGAUAAGAACAAAGGUGGCGAAGACGGAGAGACCACGACAACGCCAGGAAGAAAAAAAAACAACAAAAGUACAUUUAAGUAUUUUUUCUUCAUUUUUUUGCCUGUUUUUUCUUUCAUCCUGAACACCUUCCACAACAAGCACAUGAGCAUCAGGUCUUGGCACACAACUCUUAUUCAUACCCCCAGCCCGUAAAAACAAGUUUACUUCUGGGUAUUAUAAAUAUCAUACAUGUUUUUACUGUUAGUUGUACUAGAUGAACUAGAUUUUGAUAGCCGAUGUUGUUUUGCUUGUUGAUCUAGAAGUAGUUCUGUACCAAAUAUCGUUCUCGACAUGCCUUCGUAUCUCUAAAAAAAACACAAACUAUUAUAUCAGAGAACAACAUCAACGAGAACAAGCAGACCGCGGACAAAGAGAGCGGAGCUGGAGCUAGUGGUACAACAGGUAAUGCGAAUGUCGUGUCGACGUCUGGAGGAGUGGGUAACACGGCUAACACGGGUCCAUCCUCAAGCAAGGACAACAACGCGCCUCCCCCAGACACGCAGAAGAAGGGGUGGCGAGUGGAGAAGGGUUCAUCUUCCACGGUAAUCCUGAAUGUUAAGGCUUCCUUUAAUUCAUCUUGCGAAGCAUCUUGGGGCCUUCUCCUAAGUAAGGGGAAAGGACGCCAAAGAUGCUCUUCAGGAUGAAUUAAGGCAAACACUAAACAUGAAGGCGACUACCCCUCGCUAGGCGCCGCAGCACAAUCGAGGAAAGCGAGUACGCCAACUAGCUGGACGAGAAACAAGGGAGGAGGCAACGCGGACGAGCACUUCCACGAUAUUAGCGACUCUGCGCCGGCCGCGCGAAACCGAAACUCUGGUACGCGAAGUAGUGGCUCCUUUCGCUCGAUGGAAGACACGGACGACCAUACAAGCUAAAAACUAUCGAGGUUAAUAAGUAGCACAACAUUAAUAAGUAGUAGUUGUUCCUAAUUGUUCCUCUUAGCUGUUUCCUCGUGAAGAUUACUACAAAGGUGGGGCGCCGUUCCUCGGAGUCCAUCAGUCGUGCUGCAGCAUGGCAGCAGGCCCACGCCGCGGGAUGGUCUGCCGCUGCUUUGUCUCCUUUGUUUUUUCUCGGAGGAAACAGAGGCAGCCACGUAUGGGGCGGAUCGACUUACAUGGAGUCAGCCUCUAAUCUCUUACUUUUAUGAAUUUUGAAAGUGAAAGAGGAUUUUGGUUUGAUAUGUUCCUAAUUGUUCCUCUUAGCUGUUUCCUCGUGAAGAUUACUACAAAAGAAGAAGCAAAGAUUAGUUCUAAUAGCCUAUUGAAGUUGAACAACAAGUAGAGGACCAUAAGUAUAAACAAGUAAAUGAACAACCACAACCUGUUGACAACUUACUAAUAUGUAUAAAUGUUUAAUUAUGUUUAAAAAUCAUGUAGUUAUAGAUACGAUGUACUUGAUCCUCCAAAGCGGAUUCGGACUGGUGCUUUCACAUACAUGCUGGUAGUAGCUAGGCUCAACAUUGACAUCAUUACGGUUACUAAAAAAUCAAGAACAGAUAAAGACCAUCAGAGCGGAUAGAAGAAGAUUUCGGUUAGAAGAAGUAUAUGGGCUUUGGUCUAUCUAAUGAUGAUGAGGUUAUCAAUAAUUUCUACCAUUUUUUAAUCUGGUGCAGCGCAGCACCAGUAACCGCCCACGUCCCACUCUGCUACUUCUUCUAUUUCUCAGAUCGUUUAGGUCUAAACGUAAAAAUAGGAUCAUUACUGGGAGUACUAUCAAGACUAGCUAGGAGUAGGAAGGAGUAGAGAUUGGAACAAACAAUGUUGCCGUCCCCAUCAUGUCGUUUCUCUUUACCUUUAGUUUUGUCGUCCGUAGAAGAAACUGUCUAGCUGUCGUCUUGGUAUAAAGUUGUAAUUUACAAGAACAAAAAUAGAUAGAAGAUAAAGCAAAGAGCAUGAUCUUCGUUAGAACUAACGUGAGCCAUCCAUUCCGCAAUCCUCCAAACACAAAUCAGGAGUCGCCCUCUUCUCAAAAUAGGCGAUUCAUUGCAGAAGUGCAUCUGACUCCUGAAGGUCCUGAUGUCAACAUCUUAUUAGUCUUGGUCCGUCUGUAGACGGUAGAUCAAGUAGCUGGCUACGCUUAGUAUGGAAAACCCUCUUGAGGAGCUUGAGCUUGAUCCUCUUCAAAGACAAGAGCACUACGCUCAUAAGUACAGGAAGAGCAGCGCUUGCCUACACCAGGCGAGAGGGUACAUCAGUCAAUAAGAAUAACGACCUUAAACUCAUCUUCUUUAGAUUCUAUUAAAACUACGUCAGGGUUGAGUUUGAGAAUCAGAUGAGGAAAAGCAAAACGAAAACAGGCUUCUGUUGCUCAGCAACAGAUCCUGUUCCUUCUUAUUAGAAAAAGAAACGUGCUGGUUGUGGUACAGACUUCUCAGUAGACUUCUUCUACAGACUAGGCAUUCAUCUACAAGAACAUUUGUAUCAUGAUAAUUAUGAAAUAAAAUGAGGCGUGACGAGCAGUGUUUAAAAACUGAUUAAAAGGGAGGCAGCAUAUAGUUCUAACGAAAAAAAAACGCCUGCUUUAGUCGGGCUGCCGCGCUUCGCCCCCAGAAAGAGAGCACCUCAUGAGCAGACGUUAAACGCACUCAACGCAUGACUUCUCAGACUGGACGUGAAUGGCUGUAUUUUCAAGGUCGAGGUCCCAUCAACUUCAUGAUUAUCAAACUGCAAAUAUUCGAUGAUAUUUGAAAUAGUUUUGGUUUAUUGAUGAAGAACAACGAACCUGUAGACUGCGCCCGCCAGGGGAAACAGGGUGCGGCUUGAGUCUGAAUGAUCUGAAUCUGAUUUCGACUCUCGCUUUGUCUACUGAUGUGUUUAAUUGUUUAAAUGGGCGGUGGCCGUGGCAUAUAGUGACUAUAUGGAAAAAAGAAAUUAUACGACUACACUUGAUUUUAACCGCGCUUCGCCCCCUCCUGAUUGAUUGACUUAGUCACUACUGAGUAGAAGACUUUUUACAAUGUUGCUGCUUGAAUCUUGAGUAUCUUUGUCCAAGAUGUGUAGUCCAAGUCCACCAACAACCCCUUCCCACCUACUUAUUUGAAAAAAAUCAACAUUCUAUUAAAAUUUAUAAAGCCUAGAAAAGGAUGAAGAUGACGACCUCGUGUUCCUCUUUUAGGAGCAGCAAGUCUACUCCCGUAGCUAUGAAUAAUCCUCUCGCAUUCUAUUUUUUACUGAGUGUCGUGUAGAACAAAUAGAAGCUUUUUCCCUAUUAGAACAGGAGAAGGUCUGCUAGAAAGAGC